AUGGUGGUGGAUCCAAUGCGCACGUGGGGCACCCACUUUUCCUCGAUCUGGCAGAAGUUUUGGCUGCGAGUCUUCGGGCGCCCGUGGGAAAGCCUGCGCUCCUCGCCACCCCGGUGCCGCUGGAGCAAAGCCCCCGGCUAUUUCUUGCAGGGGCAUGCUGGGGAUGGCCGUCGUGAAAGUUUGCCAGCCGCGAAGGCCACCUGUGCUCAGUUGGAGGACGAGUGUGGUGGUGUCACUUGUAUGACACCUUUGGACCCAGAAGAGGAGGAAGCCUUGACCAUGGGACGAAUCCGGCACUCCUGCACCGAAUCUCCUGAAGGUGAAGUGAGUUAUCUCAAGUUUUGUGGACCUUUGGACCACGACUUCACGGAGAUUCCUGAGAUUCGUGACCUCCCCACAGCGGGGCUUAGCGCCACCUACCACGAGACGAAGGACGCGUUCCUGGCGGAGCAUCCGCCCGGCGAGGAGCAGAUCCGCGGACAGGACUGCCAUGGCUUUACCUGUGCUGCGCCAGUGGUUGCAGAGCCGUCCACGACGAAGCAAGGCUAUGCGGAACUGAUGGCUUCACAGCGCUGCACGUUGCGAAGGGGCGAAGAACUCUUUGAGAGUCCCAGUGGAGAGGUGUCCUUCGUCAAGGUCUAUCCCGCGGCGCCCGCGGCCGGCGUGGCGCAUGGGAAGGCGGACGCCAGUCAUGUUUUCCAGUUCUAUACCGGCAGCCAGGCGAUCGUCCGCAAGGAUCGGCUGCAGUGGUGGCCCCUGCAGGAGCUCAGGAUCUUUGGCGCUGAUGGCGUUUGGUGUUCCAACACCACUGGACUCUUCGAGGCCACUCGACCAGAGUUCUUUUGGCAUCUUGUUCCGUUCGUAGCGAUACCAGAUGUCUGA